AGCCCAGUGUGCGAGGCAGUCGGUAUUGAACUGGGAUGCAGUGAGGUGCCGUGCGCUUUGCAGAAUUGGAGACCCGCAGAGGCUGUUUCGCGGAAGGCAGUGCAUUCCUCACGGUGUUCUUGAACAUAUCUGUGCUUCGUUUCACAUGGUAUUGACCGCAUUUUGGGGGCUCGCGUUUUCCACAUGGGCACCGUCUCCUCCACACUCGGCAGAAAGAAAAAAAAGUCUGCAGUCCCUGUUAAAGACCUUCCUAUGACUGGAACUGGCCUGGCCGUGAAAGACAGUGCAAUCGUUAAAAAUGAGGAUCAAGAGGUUAGACAAGUUCAAAAGCUACCUGUCAUCACCGGAAAAGGGGGUUCCUUGCCUUCCACAGCACACCGGGCUGCUAGGCAACCACGGAGCCAGAGCGUUGGAGGUGGGGGAAGGCAGAAAGUCCACCCUGCUUCAAGAGACCCCAGGAUCAGGACCCUCGCAAUGGAAUCUCUGACCAGGGACAUGGGCGGUCCGGAGAACAACCACUUAAAGUUCCCAAAAACCGAUCACACGGAGAAAAUGCUGGUGCGUCUGAGAGGAAUGCAGAAAUACAGGAACACCUCUGAAAGACUGCGAUGUGUCCUAACACAGCUGGAGAAAGGAGAGGUCAACAUCUCAGACCUGAAGAAAGACAUUGAAUUUGCAGCCUCUGUCCUAGAGACAGUAUACAUCGAUGAGACCAGACGGCUGCUGGACACCGAAGAUGAGCUCAGCGACAUCCGCACGGACGCGGUCCCGACGGAGGUCCGUGAUUGGCUGGCCUCCACCUUCACGCGGAAGAUGGUGAUGAUGCGCAGGCGCCCGGAGGAGAAGCCCAGGUUCCGUAGCAUCGUACACGCCGUGCAGGCCGGCAUCUUUGUGGAGAGGAUGUACAGACGGACGUCUAACAUGGCAGGACUGACCUACCCCCCAGCAGUCAUCACUGCACUGAAGGAUGUUGACACGUGGUCUUUCGAUGUUUUCGGCCUCCAUGAAGCCAGCAACGAACACGCUCUGAAGUUCCUGGUCUACGAUCUCCUCACCCGAUAUGACCUGAUCAGCCGCUUCAAGAUCCCUGUCUCCUCAUUGGUGAGCUUUGUGGAGGCGCUGGAGGUGGGGUACAGCAAGCACAGGAACCCCUAUCACAAUCUGACACAUGCUGCCGAUGUCACACAGACCGCCCACUAUCUCAUGCUCCACACCGGCGUUAUGCACUGGCUCACUGAAGUGGAAAUAUUAGCGAUGGUGUUUGCAGCUGCAAUCCAUGACUUUGAGCACACCGGAACCACCAACAACUUCCACAUUCAGACCCGGUCAGAAGUAGCCAUUCUGUACAAUGACCGCUCUGUUCUGGAGAAUCACCACGUGAGCGCUGCCUAUAGACUUAUGCAAGAGGAUGACAUGAACAUCCUGGUUAACCUGUCGAAAGACGACUGGCGGGACCUGCGUGCCCUGGUGGUAGAGAUGGUCAUGUGUACAGACAUGUCCUGCCAUUUCCAGCAAAUAAAGACCAUGAGGAGCAGCCUGCAGGAGCCUGAUGGAAUAGACAAGGCGAAAGUCCUCUCUCUGAUGCUGCAUGCCGCUGAUAUAAGCCACCCCGCCAAGUCCUGGGACCUGCACUACCGCUGGACCUGCUCCCUGAUGGAGGAGUUCUUCAGACAGGGUGAUACGGAGGCUGCAUUGGGACUUCCCUUCUCUCCUCUGUGUGAUCGUAAAGCCACCAUGGUCGCACAGUCUCAGAUAGGGUUCAUUGACUUCAUUGUAGAACCAACGAUCUCUGUGAUGAUCGACUCAGUGGAGAAGAUCAUUUCUCCUCUUGUAGAGGAAGCUACGAAAUCAGGAGACAAAAGUGUGCGGAGGGCCAGUUUGACAGGAGGGGUUGGGACGGUAGUGGAGUCUGUGCAGAGGCACAGGGGUCAGGGGGCCUCAGAUGAGCCAGGAGCCUCAGACUACUCCCUCCCGAGCAUCAACCUGGAGCAAGUGCGCCACAUGCUGGCUGAAGUCAUCCAGUGCAACAAGGACCACUGGAAGGAGCUGGCUGUACAGGAGCUGGAGAAAAGAGCGAGGGAUUCAUCCCCCAGCAAAGAGAAGGAGGUGUCCCCCAGCACAGAGGAGACGCGCAGGGAGACGCAGCCCGCUGGAGCCACACACACAGGCUCUGAGGCCCAGUCCGAUUCUGCAAACGAACUGAACAACAUCAACUCCAAUGACUCUUCCCAAAAUUCCCUCGGGCUGAGCUUGGCCUCCCCGUCUGUGGAUGAGGGGGCGGUCUCAUCGCUGUCCAACACGCACCUGCAAACACUCAGCCCCGACCCCUCCCCAUGCAACGGUAACAACAGCGACUUCACCGAAUCUCACACUUCUGUCACGUUUGCGUGAACAACUGAAAACUAUACAGCUGUCCAGUAUUUUAAAUGAAUGGUGUCAGUAUUCUCCCCAUCCAGUGCAUAUGCAGCAGUUUCAGGGGUGUGGGAUAGUUUCACAGGUGUGAGCUACUGACCUGAGUGUGA